AUAACUCGAACUGUCACUCACUCAAUAGCGCGCUCAAAAGUGUGGACAAACGGAAAAUUAAUACAGCCGCUCUCCAGCAUGAGGCCAUCAAGGAUCACGCUCUUUGCACUUGCUGUGCUUGUGUCUCUAAUCUGUGUGCUCCAGGUAGAGACAGCUCCAGUAGUGGACACCUGGGCAUCAGGACUCAUACACCGUGCCAAGCGUUCUCUACUUUGGCGCUGGAACACAUUGAAGCCGGUUGGUGCAGGAUGCAGAGAUAAUUACGAGUGUGGCACAAAUUACUGCAGGAGAAACAUCUGCACAUUCCAGCCUAAAUCCUCUUCUUCCUAAUAAAAGCGAAUUGCACUUUUCCUGAGUGAAAAUGAAAAGAACAUCCGGGGGAAGUGAAGGGACGUGUUUUGUACAAUAACAACUCUAAUGAAAGAAAACUGGAACCAAAAACAGGAAAAAUUUUAAUCUAAUUAAAGCACAGAAGCAGCAGUACUGAUCUUUUUUUUAAUUUUAUAUUUAAUGAGAAAUGUGUGUGUGUGUGUGGGGGGGGGGGGACAAGUGACAAAUUAAAGGAAAAACGCUAUGAUGAAACAAUUCUAUCAAGAUGGGCGUGGUCUCUCAGGAUGACUCCGCCCCCACCAUGAAGGAAAUGCAAGUUCCCAGAAUUGAUGAAAUCAACUGUGCACCAACAGGGAGAUGUUGGA